GUUGCCAAGGUGCUCAGCACCGGGUCGUCACCACUGCCGCUGAUGCCCUGGACCUCUUCCGCCCCGUGCCAUGUGUGAGCCAUUGGCCUCUGCUUGCCACUCAUUUGAACCUGGACCGGGCUGUCCAUCAACAUCCACCGGCGCUUGGGUUGCCGAGGUGCCCAUUCAAUCCCGAGGUGCUUCGUCCGUCAACUGUCUGUCGCUGCAGCCAUCACGGCAAGCUUCAGUCUCUACCUACUAUCCUCACCGCCAACUUGUCCUCCGUGCGCCUGUGCUGCAGCUACAUCGCCACACUGUACGUCCAUCUCCUGCCCACGCCGUCGAAUCACCAUGGCUGGACCCCACCACGAGUCCGCCCCUCCAAGCGGGCAGAGGCGGCGACGCAACCCGCCUGGCGCUGCUGUGGGAACCCUUGUCCCACGAAUUUUCCUCGUCCUCGUUGGUCUGCUGCUGGGCUACUUUCUCUUCGCCCCUCGCGACCAGACCUCCAGCUUCUCUCCUUCACCGUCUCCGAUCUCCAAUCCAGUCUCCUCCAUCUCUCCCACUCUUCAAGUCUCUUCAGACGAACCGAAAACCGCAGCCAUGUCUACCGAGCAGACCUUCAUUGCCAUCAAGCCCGAUGGCGUUCAGCGUGGCCUGAUUGCCCCCAUCAUCGGCCGCUUCGAGAACCGAGGCUUCAAGCUGGUUGCCAUCAACCUGGUCACUCCCACCAAGGAGCACCUCGAGAAGCACUAUGAGGACCUCAAGGAGAAGCCUUUCUUCCCUGGCCUGAUCUCCUACAUGGGCUCUGGCCCCAUCUGCGCCAUGGUCUGGGAGGGCCGUGAUGCCGUCAAGACCGGCCGCACUCUCCUCGGUGCCACCAACCCCCUGGCCUCUGCCCCCGGCACCAUCCGUGGCGACUUCGCUCUCGACGUCGGCCGCAACGUCUGCCAUGGCUCCGACUCCGUCGAGAACGCCAAGAAGGAGAUUGCCCACUGGUUCCCCAACGGCACCGUCUCCUGGAAGGCUGCCCAGUUCGACUGGGUCUACGAGAAGGCUUAAGCGGCUGCUGAAAAGCACUGACUUGGUAGUGCCUGCCAUGGCAUGUACAACUUGUUCAUAGCUAGCUUGGACAUGGAAAAGUGGCGUCAAUAAAAAGAAAUCGAGUCGACGUCGUGUCAGAGCAUCUAGUUUGAAAGCUG